GUCAGUGGAGCGCGAGUAGGAAGUGGUGAUUCUUGGAGUAGAGAUGGCGGCGCUUGCUCCGCUACCCCCUUUACCCCCACAAUUUAAGAGCAUACAGCAUCAUCUGAGGACGGCCCAGGAGCAUGACAAGCGGGACCCUGUGGUGGCCUAUUACUGUCGUUUAUACUCGAUGCAAACAGGAAUGAAAAUUGACAGUAAAACUCCUGAAUGUCGUAAAUUUUUAUCAAAGCUAAUGGAUCAGUUAGAAGCUCUUAAGAAACAGUUGGGCGAUAAUGAAGCUGUCACUCAAGAAAUAGUUGGUUGUGCCCAUUUGGAGAACUAUGCACUGAAAAUGUUUUUGUAUGCAGAUAAUGAAGAUCGAGCUGGGCGAUUUCAUAAAAACAUGAUUAAGUCCUUCUAUACUGCAAGUCUUUUAAUAGAUGUCAUAACAGUGUUUGGAGAGCUCACUGAUGAAAAUGUAAAACACAGAAAGUAUGCAAGAUGGAAGGCAACGUAUAUCCAUAAUUGUUUAAAGAAUGGAGAGACUCCUCAAGCAGGUCCUGUUGGAAUUGAAGAAGAUAAUGAUGUAGAAGAAAAUGAAGAUGCCGGAGCAGCAUCUCUGCCCACUCAGCCACCUCAGCCAUCGGCUUCCACAUUUGACCCAGGCAAUAUGGCCCCAAGCAGCUUUACUGGAAUACAGAUUCCUCCCGGCGCACACGCUCCAGCGAAUACACCAGCAGAAGUGCCUCACAGUACAGGUGUAGCAAGUAAUGCUAUCCAGCCUACUCCACAGACUGUUCCAACAAUCGAUCCUGCCCUUUUCAGUACAGUUUCCCAGGGGGAUAUCCGUCUAACACCAGAGGACUUUGCUAGAGCCCAGAAAUACUGCAAAUAUGCUGGCAGUGCUUUGCAGUAUGAAGAUGUAAGCACUGCUGUACAGAAUCUACAGAAGGCCCUCAAGUUACUGACUACAGGCAGAGAAUGAAGGCUUUGUACAACAGAUUCAUGCAUUUUUGGCUUGAAGAACUAACAGUCCAUAACUCUAUUUUAGCCAGUCAGGAGCACAGUUUUAAAGAAGACUUCAGUCCCAUUGAACAUAACAAUGAAAUCUGUGUCUGUGUGUCAGAUUCCUAUUGAAGCAUUCAGCAGCAGUCUCAACCAGUUUUCAUUGUCCAUUUAGUGGAUCCAAUAAUCUCUGGGUACAUCGGCGGCUGAGGUUAAAAAGAUACAAAAAAUGCAAAUUGAACCCUCCUUCAAAAACAUGAAAAUACUAUAAAAUGUGUUGAGAAUAAGCUUUGUAUCUUAAUAUACAUAUACUAAGGAACUCUGAUCUGUAAUUUGGGCAAACACGCCAUAUUACUUCAGUAUAAAGUUCUCAAUUUAACUUUUAAUAAAGAAUGUUUAGCGGUCAUGUUUUCUUUUUAAUCCUUAAGAUUUAUAAGACCAGCUUGAACUUCCUAUACUGUUAAAUGAAUCUGAAAGUUAUAGUCAAAGUCAAUUUAUAUUCAUAUUAAAUGCAUCUACAUGGCAUUUAAUUUCAUGGCAGGAAAUAUGAGGCUAAGAGACAGAAUCACUUUUAAAAGAGACAGAAUCACUUUUAAGAGUGAUUUCAUAUCUGCUUUCUAUUAUGCACUGGAACUUGAGAUGAAUUGGUAUUUACUUUAUUAGCAGUUAGACUGCAUGUAGUAGAACGUUAAAAAAAAAAAAA